AUGUACGACAGUGAGACGGUGGUCCCCGUUGAGGCUGGAGUCGAAUCUGAUAGGAUGCAACUCUACGAUAAGGGGAACACCGAGUGGAGACUCAUGGUGCUCGAUUUGGUGGAUGAAGCCCGGGAUAAGGUCAUCGUCUGGCUUACAGUGUACAUGCUACGAAUAAAGCAAAACUACAAUCGAAGGGUAAUCUCAAGGUGCUUCCAAGUCAGUGAUCUAGUGUGGAAAAGAAUAAAGCCAGUCGGUGAUGUCACCAAGCUCGAAGCCCCGUGGGUGAGACCUUACAAGGUUGUGCAGAAGCUCAACUCGGGAGCCUACUACCUGUAG